UCUAGUAUACCGUAGUAUUUACGUUCUCAUGCGGAAGUGGUCGGGGCUGCAUGAAAGAAGUGAAUAAGUUACAGUAUUAAACACACUCGUGAAUGAUUCUUUACAAAUAUGAAUUCAUAAAGUCGACUUUCCGACAGUUUGCAGGAUGCUGAGGUGCAGGGAUUUUUGGUUCUUGAUUUUAUUAAAAUCCCGGAAAUCAUGGAGUCAUGAGAACACCCUGUGAAGGCUGGAGCUUUUACGAAAAAUGGUAGAAAAUUCCCCAUCACCUUUACCAGAAAGAGCCAUUUAUGGCUUUGCUCUCUUCCUGGGAUCCCAGUUUGGAUUUAUUUUAUAUCUUGUGUGGGCAUUUGUUCCUGAAUCAUGGCUGCACUCAUUGGGACUCACAUACUGGCCACAAAAGUACUGGGCAGUUGCUCUGCCAGUGUAUCUGCUAGUAGCUGUAGGAAUUAUCUACAUUCUUUUGUUAGGUAUUAAUAUGAUGAGUACAGCACCAUUGAACUCUGUAGAUGCAGUUACAGAUAGUUAUGCAAAAAGUCAGAAUGACAAGGAGUUUCAAAAAGGAGCAAUCCCAGUGUUAAAGGAUAUAAGCAUCAGUGACAUCAAUCACAUUUUCUUUCUUUCUUCUCAGGAACCUGACUCUAAACUAAAACCAAUGAGGGUGCCAUGCACAUGAAAACAGAUAUUUUAGUAGUCAUGUAACACCAUCUUUUUUAAUAUUGUUUUUAAAUGUAACAUUGAAUGAUUUUAAUUGAGAGGCUAUAGCCUGAAGUACACUUUCUAUAUUUAUAUGAAAAAACAAU